AAAGGUCUUCAUAUUCAACAAUGUGGGAACGGCGCAGCGUGGCCUCGCUGUGCCUGGGGGCUUGCUUGCUCAUAGCUCACAUCGUCCUGGGAGCCAAAAGCUCUGGGCAGGACAGCGAGCACAACACUACAGUGUUCACCAAGAUCCUAGACAGCCUUCUGGAUGGCUAUGACAACCGCCUGAGGCCGGGACUAGGAGAGCGUGUAACUGAAGUCAAGACUGACAUUUUCGUGACUAGUAUCGGGCCAGUUUCGGACCAUGACAUGGAGUACACCAUUGAUGUAUUCUUCAGACAGAGCUGGAAGGAUGAGAGGUUAAAGUUCAAAGGUCCCAUGGCCGUGCUGCGUCUCAACAACCUGAUGGCCAGCAAAAUCUGGACGCCCGACACGUUCUUUCAUAACGGCAAAAAGUCUGUGGCCCAUAACAUGACCAUGCCCAACAAACUGCUACGCAUCACAGAGGAAGGCACUCUGCUCUACACGAUGAGGCUGACUGUGAGAGCUGAAUGCCCCAUGCACCUUGAAGACUUCCCAAUGGACGCCCAUGCCUGCCCACUCAAGUUUGGCAGCUAUGCUUACACUCGAGCAGAAGUGGUGUAUGUGUGGACCAAAGGGGCCAACCUGUCUGUGGUGGUGGCAGAUGACGGUUCGAGGUUAAACCAGUAUGAUCUGAUGGGACAGAGCGUGGAUUCUGGAGUGGUGCUAUCCAGCACAGGCGAGUACGUGGUGAUGACGACCCACUUCCACCUGAAGAGGAAAAUUGGCUACUUUGUAAUUCAGACAUAUCUGCCCUGCAUCAUGACAGUCAUCCUCUCGCAGGUGUCCUUCUGGCUCAACAGAGAGUCCGUCCCUGCCAGGACUGUCUUUGGAGUGACUACUGUCCUGACCAUGACUACCCUCAGUAUCAGCGCCAGGAAUUCGCUCCCCAAAGUGGCCUACGCCACGGCUAUGGAUUGGUUCAUCGCCGUGUGCUACGCCUUCGUCUUCUCCGCCCUAAUUGAGUUUGCCACCGUCAACUAUUUUACCAAGAGAGGUUACGCCUGGGAUGGAAAAAGCGUGGUGCCAGAGAAGCAAAAGAAGAAGAAGGAGUCCAUGCUGAAAAAGAACAACACAACAGCGUACCCGGCCGCCACUGCUACAGCCUUCGCUCCCAACAUUGCCAGGGACCCUGGUUUGGCCACCAUUGCCAAAAGCGCCCCUCCACCUCCAACCGAGCCCAAGGAGGAGCCCAAGCCCAAGCCCCCAGAGGCCAAGAAAACCUUUAACAGCGUGAGCAAGAUCGACAGGAUCGCCAGAAUAGCCUUCCCACUGCUCUUUGGAACCUUUAACUUGGUCUACUGGGCCACCUACUUGAAUAAGAAGCCCAAACUGCAGGGGAUGACUUCACACUAAUCCCUUGUUGGCUCCUUUUCAAUUCUACCUAUCUAACUUUCAUUUUCUUUGGUAUUCCUCAAAAGAAAAAAAGAAAAACAAACGUGUUUAUUUUCAGACAAACAUGAUGUCCAUGCUGGUUUGAAUUCCCAGUCGUUGCGUUGCUUCUGUUUAUCUACUACAGUUUGAAGAUUUGGAGAAAAUAACUUAGAGAACAAACAAUAACUAAAAAAGAAAAAAAAGGAGCGAGAUAUAGACACUUUUAAAGGGGCUGUUGUUCAGGUGUGGGAUGAUGCUUUUAAGAAAAUGCUAGCGUAAAUAUUUAGCCGAGAGGAGAAUGCUAUUCCACAAAUACACCCAGCCCAAUCUUGUCUUGGGCUUUAUCCUUUGUACAUUGUAUAUUUUCUUAUUUUGCAGGGCUCCAGUUCUAAUCUUUGCCGCGGGAGUCCCAAGAGUUAUUACCAUUUGAGGUAGGGAUAGAUAAAUAAAUACAACAAAUGUGCUUUUGAUGAGGGAGACAGUGCAACUAUUUAUUGCGUCCAUUGCAACGUGUAACUAACUGCCCAAGAUAUUUGCAAUAUUGCAACAACUGCUCAUCUAAGUAACAUACCGGAGGCUUGGCAAAGGACAAAGUGACAAAUACAAAACGCAAAAUGCGCUGUCCGUUAGAAACAGUCGAGCCCAUUUCUCAUGAUGUUUGUUCGAGUAUUACUGCAGUAUCACUGAGAAACGCUGAUCGUGAAAUACGGCGCAGGGAACCCGUCUACAACAUUCAGUAAGACGCCACUGUAAAUAAUCUGAGAUCAUGUUUGCAGUAGGUGCUGCUGUUUUGGUUCACCACUAAGUUCCAACAAGCUCAGCAGUUGACUUUUUUUUUUUUUUAAAGUCUGUCUAUUAGGGUCACUAUUUGAGGAAAUAAGUUACAAACGUUGAUGCUGUCUAAUCAAACACAUGUAUCCUCCCCAACCUGACCAUUUGGAGAGAAGAUGUUCUGUAUAAUAUGAAGAGUACUGCCAAAAUAUUAUAUUUGAGUGGUUUAUGCCAAAAUGCCCAAUAGUGGAGGGAAAAAAAAAGGGUUUUAAUCCAGUCAGGUUUUAAAGUGAUUUUGUUGUAAUCUUGGUAGUACACUUCUAAUAUCAAUAAGACCCAUUUGUGAAAUAAAACGUCACUUGAACUCAAAAUGUGGCCAGCUUACAAACCAUUUUGGGCUUAGCCAUUUUUUGAUUGGUGAGAAGAGCUUAAAAGCCUUUCACCAUUGCUCAGUCCAGUCAGCAGGUUGCAUCCAUCGUCCUAUUAAAGAAUGCAUUAUCUUAUUAGUGUAUCGAUGCUAAUAAUGGCCGUUCCUAUUGGCACACGAUUUUUUCAUUACUUUAAAAGCUCGGGUCCUGAGGCUUCCAAUUGUUCCAACACAAAUCAAACCCUGCUUGUAUCUUAUUUACGAUUUUUUUUAAGCACAGAGAUGACAAACAGCACGCGGCGUAUAUGCAUGGGCAGGGCAUCCUUAAAAGAACAUCACCAUCUCAUCGACCGCAGGCUUUCAUUUCUUGAUUCAAAAGACUUCCAUUAGUCGUCGUUGAAAAUAAGUUGGGGUUUGUGCAAUAGCAAUAAAACACGUCUCAGUGGACACGCCAUUCAUUUAUCUCCAAAAAUAGAGUCCGAAAGCUAAUCAAUUAUCUCUGCUUAAAAAUGUUGACAUGUGGUAUUUUCCUUAUUGCGGUCUUUGUAAAUAUUCUCAGAUGUUAGAGAUGUCAAUAUUAUGUUGGAGUAACUAAAGGGUAUGUUUAAGGAAUACUUGGAGGAGUCAUUGAUUUCUUUUCUAAGACACACAUUAUGGUCUAUUUUGUGCUAUUGGGAUUUUUUUUUUUUGCCAGGUUCGUGUCCAAUUGAUUUGACUUUUUUUCUUGGUUCGCACUGAUGUAAAAACGGGUUAAAAAGUAAGAAUGUAAUGAAUUGUCUUCAAACCUAAGCAACGUUUUAAUUCAUUAUUUCCUUUGGUUGUCAUUCGGUGGUGGGGGCGGGGCUGAUUUUUGUCCCCCCCAAAAAAAAUGCCGUUUAACAAAAAGUCAAGUUGGGGCGAAAAGUCAACGAGGGGCGAGGCACAUUGCGGAAGGAAGUGCCUUUUCCAUAUAUUAAGUGAUGAUGGCUUUGCUGACUGAUGGCACAUCUUUUUCACAUUUUGUGACCCCCAAAAUCUUUUUGUUUUGGUUUCCUUUUUUCUGUGUUCCUCUAUUGGUGUUUUGAGUUGAGAAUUGUCAACACUCAGAAAGUACCAGCUACACUGCCUUCAGUAUCACAUGCCCUUUUAGAUAGAUUUGUUGCUGCU